AAAAAGUAUAAUAAAACUCAUUAAAUGUUUAUGCACACAAAAAGGGUUUCAUUCGGUGCCGGUGAGUAACAAUAAAUAAAACAAUAAAACAUCAUUUUUUCCAGCACUUGAUCACCGGAGGACCUUCUUCUUCGCUUAUCGAUGAUGCAAACAUCCAACGAUAGUAUCAUCGAGGUCGCUAAUGAUGCUCACAAGAAUGUUUCAGAGAUUGAUACUAGUGUGAAAGAGUCCACAAACGAAGUGAAAAACACCGAAAAAAGCACUCGUCGUUCCGAUUUAUCCCUCAAUAUACCCCCGAGACAUUCACAUUUCGGCAGUAGAAGCGGGAAGGCUUCACUUCAGUCUCCUGGUAUUUCGUCCAACGGUGGGACCUCAUCUCGGGGCAUUUUUAGAGGUUUAAGCUUUAAAAAGAAACAUCCUGCGGAUGGUGAAAGUAGUUCUCUCCUUCAUCCCGACACAAACGCGCCACCGCCCGAAAGCCCCGUCGUUAACAAUAUCAUGUCCACGUUAUACGGGAAAAGAUGUGCAUCUCUUCCGGUUAAACAUGGGACAAACCCCUCCCCUUCGGCCACCACACCCGUUUCCGCUAGGACGUAUAGUGAACAACAAAAAACACAGACAAGGGCGGUGCAACCUUCGGUUUCGAGGUCCCUUUCGGUGCCAGGGAGGAACAUUGUUAUUGUGAGAUCGGUUUCGUUUGCAGUGCGUAAAGAUAAUGAUCAAAUUGAUAGUCAUGAUGAUGAAAUCAGUCCUGUUCAAGUGGAAAACGAUGAAGAGAUUGACGAGGAAGAAGCUGUUUGCAGGAUAUGUUUCGAUACAUGUGAUGAAGGAAAUCAACUUAAAAUGGAGUGCAGUUGCAAAGGUGCACUUAAACUUGUACACGAAGAAUGUGCGGUUAAAUGGUUUAGUGUCAAAGGGAACAAAAACUGUGACGUUUGUGGUCGAGAAGUCUCUAAUUUACCGGUGACGUUGCUUCGUAUGCCAAGUUAUGUUCAAAGACAAAACGUAACCGCACAAAAUCAACAGGGUUUGGAUUCAGGAACCAUAAGUGCUUGGCAGGAUUUCGUGGUGCUUGUUUUGAUCAGUACGGUUUGUUACUUCUUUUUCCUCGAGCAACUUCUGAUUCAUGACCUGAAAACUCAAGCUGUUGUGAUUGCUGCACCGUUCUCUUUUACGUUCGGUCUUUUAUCAUCUACAUUUGCAGUUAUUCUAGCAAUCAAGGAGUAUAUAUGGACAUACGCAGCUCUUGAAUUCGCACUUGUGGCGAUAAUUCUGCACUUGCUCUAUUCUUGGCUUCAAUUGAAGGCAAUCUACGCAGUAAUGCUGUCUUCGAUUUUAGGAUUUGGAUCAGCUAUGACUCUCAACGCAUUGUAUAUCCGCUACUAUCUUUGGCGAGUUCAAGUUCCUCGAGAAUCUAACACGGUUUGAUUCGGAGAAAUAUAUCUUAGAUUUUAUAUUGGUGUAAAUAUCAAUCUCCCUGGAAACGCGGGAUUAUUGAGAGGUUAAUGUGUUCGUACGUAGUGUUUCGUGAAAUAUUGCCGCGACGAUAGGAAUCCAUUAUAUAUUAUCUUUUAAAAAGAAGAUGCAUUUGCAGGUUGCUUACUU